AUGCCGCAUCGCCACCACGCAGGUCCCGCCGUCAACCACCUAGGUCUCAAGAUGAAGAACGCGGUUUCAUACUAUACCAGGGUCCAUGAAGGCCCUCUCGCCAAGCUCAUGCGUCAGUUGAUCCCCUGGGUCAACACGGCCGCCGAACUCCAGGCCUCUACGGCAUGGAGCCGCAAGGCUGCGACAGCCGAGGAGCAGGUCAAGGCGUUCCUGCUCAACCCCGCCAUGGUCGACGGUCAAGACUCUAGGCUGUUCACUGCUAUCCCCCAGUUAGAGAAGCUGACUGGCCGUGAGAUCUCGGCGGGCAUCAUUGCUGCCAAAGCCAAGUACCACUCGCUCGAGAAACAGGUUACGAGCGGCGUUCGCGUGGAGACAUCGGGCAAGGAGGAUGAUGGACGCGACAAUGAUCUCGACGAACUGUUUACCAACCUCUUCAACAACACCAAGGACGUUACCAAGUUCAUGGACCUCGACCACUCCGACGACGAGGACGACGAGGACGACAAGAACGCGGUCGCCUCGGACAACCACGCUUCAACACCCUUUGCCAGCACUGAGGGCGCCAACGAUCUAUGUGGCGACUCUCCCGCAGGCGAUACACUCUACGGUGCCGAUAACAUCCUCCAGGAAUCCCUCCUCGUGCAACAGCGUGACGAGGUGCUUGCGCUCGAGUACCUCCUCGACUGCAAGCAGACUUGGGAGGCCUUCAAGAUGACUGUUGACGCUUGCGAGCUGGAGGUUGAGCUCCUGAAGCAAGUGGGAGAUGUGGAUGACGAAUAUGACGAGGACAUUGCCGUUAUCGACCCCAUGGCCCUUGUCGACGAGGUUGUUGGGGCGAUGAUCAAGCGCACGAGAAAAUAA